AUGGCUACCUACCUGUAUCUAGAACCAGUGAGGGCGGUGAAUGUCCUGUCCGAUCUCUUGGGAACAGCUCGCAUCGACGCCACGUUGGCUGCCAACCUGAGCAGCGCGGAAAAGGGCUUGGACCAAUGCAUGAAGCCCAAGGCGGCCCAGUCCUUCUCCAGCUUGCCAAGGCCACUUGCCCAAGAGCCAAGGAUCAGCAGCUCCAGCUCACCCCUCGAGGCAGCGCAGCAGAGGAAAGCGGCGCGGGGAGGGCAGAGCAGCUCUUGCCAGAAGCCGCCGCGGCUUCUCCUGCUGCAGCUGCAGGAAGUGGAAAACUCCCCGAGGCUGCGGUUGCAGUUGCUGCCUGCCUGCCUGCCUGCCUGUGCCUGGGAUGUCUUGCAACAAACCUCGCGCGGGGCCGUUGCUGGGCGAAGCCGAGGAGGAGCGCGGAGCUGCCGUUGCUGCUGCAAAAGGUACGUCGUUGCAGCAAAUAAAAGGCGAGCGAGCGAGGAAGGGAGGCAGCGCCGGCCCUCCCCUCCCCUCCGCCAACCCCGCGGGCCGGAUCCUGCCUGCAGUGCCUCGUGCAAAGCGGAGGAGGAGCAGCAGCAGCAGCCCGGGCACGGAAGCGAGGGCCCCAUGGAGGGAGACAAGGAGCCGCCCGCCCGGGGCCACCAGGCUUCCCCGCGGGGGGGUGACAACCCCUUCCCGUUCCCUGCUUGGGAGGAGGGCUCCGGGGACGAGAACGCCCUGGUCAUCCACAGCCAGGUGGAGGAGGAGGAGCACCACAAAUGCGCGGCCUGUGGCGAGAGCUUCCCGCACCCGCUGAGCCUCUUGCGCCACCAGAAGCAGCAGCACGCAGGCGAGCGGGCCUUUGUGUGCCCCGAGUGCGGGCGAGGCUUCACCCUCAAGCACAACCUCAUCAUCCACCAGAGGAUCCACACCGGGGAGAAGCCCUUCGGAUGCGGCGUUUGCGGCAAACGCUUCAGCCUCAAACAGAACCUCCUGACCCACCAGAGGGUGCACGGCAGUGGCGGUGGAGAGGGGGCCCCCUCCUGCUCAGUCUGCGGGAAGACCUUCCGGGAACAGCGCUUGCUCCUCGCCCACCGCCAGAAAGGCAGCUGCGGCCCCCCCGCCCAGGAGAAGCCAGGGGCGCCCUCCCCGCCGCGGAUGCAGACCCGGGGGAGGCCCCGCGAGGAGGGUGACGCGCAGAGGCCGCUGCGGGUGAAGCACCAGCAGAAGCCCCGCCAGAACGGGGCGGCCUUCCCCUGCCCGGAGUGCGGAGAGGCCUUCGGCCGCCGGAGCAGCCUGGCCGGCCACCGCAGGACCCGCCACCAGGCCGAGAGGCCGCCGCAGGGCGAGGAGGGCCGCAGGCACCCCAAGGAGGCCCCCGCAAGCCCCGGCCGGAGGCUCCACGCGGGAGACGCCCCCUUCCAGUGCCUCACCUGCGGGAAGAACUUUGCACAGAAGGGCAACCUGGCCGCUCACCGGAGGAGCCACUUGGGGCAGGAGGCCCUCGGCUGAGGAGGGGGGAGCUGCUUCUUCCAUGGGCCAGGGCGGGGAGGCCGGAGGAGGAAGGGGGCAGCCGUGGGGGGUCCUGGAAGUGGAAGGGCCUUUCUUUGGGAUGUGGGAGCACGGAGGGGCUUGGGGAUAAUGCCUGGAGGUCGAGGGCAUCUCAGCAGGGCAGCGUUCGCCCUGCCAGGGAUAUGGACUAUAACCGCUCCAGGAACUUGGGGUCCCAUCUGCCGGGGGCAUUGAAGAAUUGCCUGGGGACCCCUCUUUCCUUUCUGAAGCAAAAGCCCAUUUUCUACUCAUCGGCCGCAUUUCAAGCCUGGGUGUUCCCUCAACUUUCAUAGGCGGGAUUUUUCUCACGCCGUGCCACCGUUUGGUUUACGUUUCGGGCAGCGGGCGUUGUGCUCCUCUUAAGUUUCCGUUCUGAGCCACUGCACCACGCAGCGUUACUUCCGCUCUGGGAUUUCCCAGCGUUUAUGUUCUGCUUCCCGUUUGACAAGUACGGAUGCCCGGGUUUAUUUCCCCCAAACUCGGUUUGGUGGUUAAUUCCUGCCCUCCCCAAAGAUCCACGCAGCAUGUCCAGCUACAGCCUUCCCUGUUCUCUUGGUCCUGCAGCAGAGUGUCGAAGAGUCAUCUGGUUUGGGGGGGGCUGGACGGGUCAAAAUUGGUGCCAAAGAUA